AUGGCUUCCACAGCGCUCAAGCGCUUGAUGACCGAAUACAGAGAAUUGACUCUGAAUGCACCCGAAGGGAUAACUGCAGGACCUAUAAACGAGGAAUCUUUUUUCGAAUGGGAGGCGCUUAUAGCAGGUCCUGAAGGAACGCCUUAUGAAGGUGUUUAUCCGGAUGGAAUGGUUUGCAUAUCAAUCCUUCAUCCACCUGGUGACGAUCCAAAUAUGUAUGAAAGCUCUUCUGAGCGUUGGUCACCGGUUCAAAGUGUCGAGAAAAUUCUAUUAAGUGUUGUUAGCAUGUUAGCUGAGCCAAAUGAUGAAAGUGGUGCCAAUAUUGAAGCAUGUAAAAUUUGGAGAAACGAUCGAGAGGCGUUUAAUAAAGUUGUUCGUGAUAAUGUCAAGAAGACAUUGGGAUUAUGA